AUGUCCAUCUUCCUUACUACUGCUCCCUACCAUUUAUUGACCUACUCCUUCUCAUUCGGAGCCACGGUCUUUCAUUCUUACGUUUCGUCUCCCGUUGCGUUCAAAGUUUUGCCAAAGGACCAAUUUGGAAAGCUUCAGAACCGUUUGUUCCCCAGCUAUUUUCUGGGACAGGCGAUCUCACCAGUUAUUAUUGGACUAACUGCCCCAUUUGCCCUGUCCACAGCUGCUUUGGUGACCUUGGGACUAUCCUCUUUGGGUGGUUUGGCCAAUUACUUCUGGUUGUUGCCAUGGACCCACAAUGUGAAGUCCAAGAGGUUAUCCUUACAGCAAACCUUAGGUGAAGGCUUCGAAGAGAAUGAAGAUUACAAAAAGCUCACCAAAGAAUUUGGUAGAAGCCACGGAUUGUCUUUACUCUUCAAUUUGGUUACCGCUAUCGGAUUGGCCUCUUAUGGUGUGAUUCUGUCUGGAAAACUGCUAAAGAAUUUGCCCAAAUAG